AUGUCGACGGCGUUAGCAUCGGAAACCACUACCGCCGGCGAAACUCGCCGGAAUCAAACCAGGCUGCGGAUGCACGCUCCAUCAUCGAUUCAGGUAGGGCCGCCAUCGGGGAGCUUCGCCGAGUGGAAGGUCGCCAUCCCGCUUCUCUCGCCACUCGAUAUCGUCUCCUUCCCUUCGAUUGGAGAUCUACGGCCGCCGUACGAGGAAUCGCCUAAAGUGGUGGCCGAAGUUCGGCAUGCAAAUCGAGAGUGGCGGGCACCCGCGGCGCCCUUCCAUUACGAAUCUGCUCCGGCGAAUGCUCCUGCUUUUGCUGUUUUUCGCUGUUCUUGA